CUUCAUCUGGCUGGUCUUACUACAUAAAGGCCCCUGGUAGGCAGAGUCUUACAGGAGGAGGAAGAGAAGGAAAUUCAGAUUCCUGCUGAGACUCCUUGGGGACAGCCAGACAUGAAGACCCUGAUGCUUUUAGGACUUGUGCUCUUGUGUAGCCAGUUCACACUGAGCUUGGCCCAGGAGGAAGAACAAGGCUCAAAAGUCAUCUCAGAGGUCGCUAACAGUUUGCAGAAUACUCUGACAAAUGCUGUGAAAGAGCUCAACAAGGUGGACUUGAUAAAAGAAAUUGAGGACGCACCAAUUAUUGGAAAUGUGCUGAAGGCAUUGAGUGGAAUGAUUGGGAAAAUAGUUUCGUUCAACAUUAAAAAUGCCCAACUCCUGAAAAUUUCCCUCACAGAAAAUCAAGACAAAAAGAGUCUCUCUCUCAGUGUGCCCUUGGAUGUCUCUCUGAGUUUGAACACAUUGCUUCUCAAGGCGAUUGAUAUCACUCUAAAUGCGAACACAUCACUUGAACUCACAACUGAAAAGAAUGAAGAUGGAGAAGCUCGCCUGAGUGUUUCCAAAUGUCAGACAAGCUCUCAACUUCUUAAAAUCUCAUCCCAGCAAACGGGUUUAUUUGGAUGGGGACUAGAAGCUUUAUCUAAAUCCGUGAGCCGACUUGCUGAGUGGGAGGUCAAGCAAUUAUUCUGCCCUUUGAUCAGAACCGUAGUAGGACUGGCGCCUCCAGCACUGGUAGGCGCUUUGCAUGAUGUGGUACAUGGGGACGUCACUGUUACUGUGUAAUUCUCCAUUAAAUGGACAAUAACUUCCCUCCUCCCCCAAGGAUAAGACCCUCUUGCUCUUCUUUUCCUUCUGCCUGAAGCCAUUUAAAGCCAGAGGACAACUUACUGGAUCUUGUGUCUGAUGCUUUUCCUCUGCUGACCCCUGCCAUGGUCUCCUUGCCUGGGCUUACUGGAGCCACUUUCCUUGCAUGAAGACUCUCUCUGGACAGUGUGUUCCUUUCCCCUGGUUUUCCUUACAAUAAACUUCCCACUAUUUCAGCAUGA